UUGGAGUUCCUCCAGUUAUUCAGAUUCAUCUCUCUCAUUCUCUUGCCUUUGACUUCUCCGAGAAUCAGACUCGCCCUCCAUCGCUCAGACAUGUCUCACUGUGGACCAUCCUUCGCCAUUCCAUCAUGCGCCUCCACCCCAGUCGUUGGCUUUGGGUCACCAGGUUUUGGCUCGGGCUUUGGCUCGGGCUCUGGCCACGGCGGGUUCUCCUCCGGGGUGCCCUCCGCUAGCCUGGGCGUCCUCUCCGGGGUCAACCCUUCCUGCAUCAACCAGAUCCCUCCUGCAGAAGUCGUGAUCCAGCCACCUCCCGUCGUUAUGAUCCUCCCCGGACCCAUCCUCGCUGCUACCGGCGAACCCGUUUCCGUGGGAGGCAACACUCCAUGUGCUGUUAGUUACGGUGGUCCCGGCAGAGUGAUUUCUGGAGGUAGCUUUGGUGGUUUUGGAGGCCGUUUGGGAAGCUCCAGGGGCCGCAGAGGCAGUCUCAUCCUGGGACGCAGGGGCAGCCAGUCCCCCUGUUACUCCCCCUGCUACUCCCCCUGGUAAAAUCUCAAGGGCUAUUUAAAUCAAAUUCGGAGCAAUCAAAAAACCCAUGAGAUAAGAGAGUGCCUUGCGGAACAUUCUCCUUCCAACACGACAAUGAGUUCCCAGCCUCUCGAAGACUCAGAGCCAGAACUAAUUUCCAUGCACACCUCCUGAAUUGUGCCUUAUAGAUAUACCUCCAUUCCCUUCUUCUUUGUCUAUGGAAGAUACUCCAUUCUGUAAACGCUUUGCCCUCUUUCAAACGUUCUCUGGGUGAAACGAGUGUCGGGGAUAAUUUCUUCGGUUUCCUAAUAAAUCUUACUUUGCAUCACGA